AUGCUGAUAACAGAUGCAUUCCGUUCGUUUGUCCAAGUCUGGACUUCCGCGACUGAGUUUAUUCCUCGCGCUCGUUUUGGUUGGUCUCCAGGGCUUUCGUUGCUAAAUGCAGCCUUGGCUGACAAGCGAAAUUCAAUUUAUUUUGCCGAUGUGUUUCAGUGUGAUUCGCUCUCAUUGAGCUUUUUACGGGGAGACAAACCGGCCGUUUCUCAAACCCUGAAAUCAUACCCGUAUACCUCCAAAGAAGUCAAUUCUUUGGGGCAAACGCCUUGCCAUAUCGCCGUUGCAGUGGGCAACUUGCAGAUCUUGGAGCUCGUUCUCCUCUACAAUAGCCCAGACGCCCUCAAUACACGAGACAAAUCUGGUUUGUAUCCUAUCGACUAUGCUAUUGCCACGCAUGCACAUCAAGUCUGUGCCAAAAGCCAAGACUCUAACGCAUGCAACGGCUGCAAGGUCCUAGAGAUGGUGCUUAAUAAUGCGAAUUGUGCACUGUAUCAUCGCACUCUUCAUCGCGCCUUGUACGAGUAA